AUGUCUGAAAAGCCGCCAAAAGUAUCCAAUGUCAAUGAAGACUAUGGAGCUACACCAGAUGCGAUUGCAGAAACCAUGCACAAGAAAAGCGCGCCUUCCCUGGACCCCAAAGACCCGAGAUUUCCCAAAUUGAAGACAGUUGUUCAAGUUGUGAAGGGAGACACGUUUGAUCGAGCCAUCGAGAUGUCUGGCAAGAAUCGCGGGCCGGUAUGUGUUCUUAACUUUGCCAAUGCCAAAACGGCCGGCGGAGGCUGGCUCAAGGGUAAAUCAGCACAGGAGGAACAGCUUUUCUACCGAAGCACUCUCUCUGCGAGUCUUGUGGAAAAGAGAGCACGGCUCUACCCGAUGGGAGAGAUGGAGGGGAUCUAUUCACCGCAAGUGUUUAUUUUCCGCAAAAAUGUGGAGAGUAAUUAUGAAAUGAUGGACCACUUUGUGGUCGUGAGUGUUGUUAGCAUGGCAGCGCAGUAUAAACCUCCCUUGACCGACGGAGUCUACAAAUCCGAAGCUACCAGAGACUUGAUGAGAAAGAAAAUGCGACUCAUCCUACGCGCAGCAGGCCAGAUGCGUCACCGCCACUUGGCUCUCGGGGCCCUGGGAUGUGGAGCCUAUGGCCAUCCUCCCCGGGAGGUGGCCAACUGUUGGAAAACAGUUCUUCAAGAAUCUGAAUUCAGUGGAUGGUUUGAGCGGAUUUGGUUUAUCAUCAAAGACGCGAGGAAACCUGUCAAUUUCCCAACUUUCAAGAAAAUUCUGCAUGGUCUGGCCAUGCCAGGGCCAGACGAGCCUCCAACUCCGGGGACUGGGGCGAGCAGCGCCUAG